UUUUCCUUCCUUAGCUUCCAUUAAGAUAUCUUUGUGUUUUUGUUCUUUACAUCAACAUUGGUUUCACUUUUGGUGUUUUCUUCGACCCUUGUUUCUUUCCCUUCCCUUCCUUAUUUGUAUUAUCUCUAGCAUUUUCACACAACCUAUUGUCUGGUUUCUUUUCUGAAACCUACAAGGUUAUUUUUUUCUCUCAAACCAUUUUAUUAAGGUUUUUCCCUUUGACUCAUGAGAUUUCCUACAAUGUUUUAAAACAGUGUAAAGUUUUAAUCUUUAAUGUGUUUUUGAUAACCCAAAUCUGUGUUGAGUUUGAUGGAGUUUGCUUCAUGUAAAGGGUCUUUUCUUUGAGUGAUUUUAUGUGCCUCAAGAAAUUGCUGUAGCAUUUUUUCUCUAUGUGUUUCUUCAGAACGGUUGAAACUGUUCCAUUCUCUGUAGUAAAAGAAUCACAGUGUUUACUCAGAAGGGGUUUGGAAAUUGCAGUGUUGUGUGAGUAGAUUUGACUUUUGAGAGAAAUUUAGAUCAAAAAAGUUUUUUUUUUCAUGAAGAGAGUGUAGGGUGUAGUAGUUGAUUUUGAUUGUGGUGGUUGAGACUAGAGAGGCUGAGUUUAAUUUUGAGGAGAAAUUUAAAGGGUUGACUUGUCAUGGCUGCAAAGUUGCUGCAUUCUUUAGCAGAUGAUAAUCAAGAUCUGCAGAAGCAGAUUGGUUGUAUGACUGGAAUUUUUCAACUUUUCGAUCGGCAUCAGAUACUCACGGCUCGCCAGAAGAGACUUCCUUCUGGUAAUUUGCAUUUCAGCGAUGGAAGCUUGGAAAGAGAUUCUGAUAGCAAUCAUAGUCUACAACAUCGACAAAUCCCAAACGAUACGAGCUUAAACACAGGUCUGAAUGAAAAGCGAAGAAUUUCGACAGAAUCAUCGAGAGCAUCAUUCUCGUCUUGUUCAUCAUCGUUGUCUUCUUUGGACUUUAAGGCUGAAGUUGAGACUUCCUUUGAAACUCCUUCGAGGGACACAUUUAUGAACCAACCGUCUAUCUCUCCCCGUUUCGGACGUCACUCACUUGACCUACGUGAUGUCGUGAAGGAUUCAAUGUAUAGGGAUCCUCGAGGGCUAUCGUCAAAAUCUACAUCCAAAGAGCAAUCUUCUGUUCAUGCCAUGAAGCAUAGGGAUUCCCCGCGACCUUUUCAGCAGUCAAAAUAUGUUGAUAGAUCUUACGGAGUUGAAAUAGACGAGAAGCAAAGUGUGCCUAUUGAUCUAAAGGAGUCGAUCCGAGUCCUUUCGAAACUUCGAGAAGCACCUUGGCACUAUGGAGAUACUACUAGAGAACUUCCGAGAUCGUCGUAUGAAGUAAAAGAUGGACACUGGAAUUCCGUCUCAAAGGAUGCUCCUUGGUUGGCUUAUGAUGGAAGAGAAAUGAGCCGUUUAUCUUUUGAAUCGCGGGAGACGAUCAAAUCCACACCAAAGCUAAAAGAAUUUCCUCGGCAUUCACUGGAUAGUAAGGAAGGUUCGUGGCGCACUUAUAACUCUGAUUCGAAGCCUAACCACGGCUCAAGAAACGUUUACGGCGCCACUUCCACCUCCAAUGAAAAAUUCUCUAGUCCACAACAGUCUUCAUCAAUGCAAAAUCGGCUACCGAGUGUUGUUGCAAAACUGAUGGGCUUGGAAGCAUUACCUGAUUCCUCUUCGGUAAGCGAUACUCAGUCAGGUUCAACUGAAACUUACUUAGCUCAAGGUAUCGGUCAGAUUCCAAGAUCAUCGAAAAAUGGAUUCAUAAAACCGCUCCGAGUUUCCAACUCGCCAAAAAUGUCAUCGAAAGAUCCAACUUCGCCAAGGCGGAAAAAUCCUGACGUGGUUAUGAGACCAGUCUCUAGUUCAAAGUUUCCGAUUGAACCAGCACCUUGGAAGCAACAUGAUGCAAAUAGAAACUCUCAGAAGCCAAAUUUAAGGACAACGAAAGCUCAAGCGAGAACACCGGAAUCAUUUCCUUCGGUUUAUAGUGAGAUAGAGAAGAGAUUGAAGGACCUCGAAUUCAAACAAUCGGGAAGAGAUCUUAGAGCACUAAAGCAGAUACUAGAAGCAAUGCAAGAAAAGGGACUGUUAGAGAGCCGAAAAGACGAACAAGUUCCAAAUGUAAAUGGAAGUCGAGGUGACUAUGAACCGAAAGCUGCCAAUCUAAAUCAAAAUUCAAGGUCGGGAAAGCAACAAAAUCAUCAGAGAAACAAUUUUCUAUCAUCUACAAUCAAGGGAAGUGACUCAGCAAGAGCUUUUGAUUCUCCGAUAGUGAUAAUGAAACCGGCAAAACUUGUUGAGAAAUCCGAGAUUUCGGCUUCUUCAGCUAUUCCAAUCGGUGGUUUUUCUGCUUCGCAUAAUAGAAACAACAUAUCUUCUACUCUAAAAGACCAGUCUCCGAAGAAUAUUCGCAGGGAUGCUUCUCCGAGUUCCACCGAAAAGAAAACAAGCAUUACCAAGACUACUAGAUCAUCGCAAUCUCAAUCAAGGUCUCAACAAUUCCCAAAAGAAAAUAACCAAAGUCCAGUGAAGAAUUCAGGUUCUGUGAGUCCAAGAUUGCAGCAGAAGAAGCUGGAUUUAGAGAAGCGAUCUCGUAUACCUACUUCACCAUCCGAUGCAAACAAAUCAAGAAGACAAUCUGGUAAAAAGGUAGCAGAAUCAGUUUCCCCUGGUGGAAAAGUACGACACAAAGACAAAGUCGUUAACUCACAGCAUAGCGAAGAGCAAAUGAGUGAAUUAAGCAAUGAUUCUCGAAAUUUUUACCAAGGGGAUGAAAUUUCUCUUCCAUCAGAUGGUGUGACCGUCGACUCGAAAUUGGAUAUUGAAGUCACUAGUAGUUUACGGACUAACAUAACCGAUGGCAGCCAGAGUCCGUCCUUGAAAGCGAUGAAGCAAUUGGUUUCAGAAACAGUUCAGAAAAAAUCAACUCCAAGGUUGGAUGAAGAUGAUACAACUCAGGAACUUGCAACAAAGGCCCUGGAACAUCCAAGUCCUAUCUCGGUUCUCGACGGAUCUGUGUACACAGACGACGUGGCAUCGCCAGCAAUGCAGACACCUAAAGAUCCACAAGUUGGUAAUGAUCAAGAAUCCAAAGACAAUGAGGUCAAAGAUCAAUGGAAGCCCGAUGAUGGCCUUUCAUUCAACAGCACAGGAUCCGGGGAGAUCAAUCGCAAGAAAUUACAAAGCAUAGAUCAUCUUGUUCAGAAGCUUAGACGGCUAAACUCAAGUCACGACGAAGCUAGAAACGAUUACAUUGCUUCACUAUGCGAAAACUCAAAUCCAGACCACCGAUACAUAUCUGAAAUACUACUAGCCUCAGGUCUCUUACUCAGAGACCUGAGUUCCGAAUUCCUGACAUUUCAACUACACUCGUCGGGUCAUCCUAUCAACCCGGAGUUAUUCCUUGUCUUGGAACAAACCAAAGCAAGUAGUUUGCUUUCAAAAGAAGAAACCACCACCUUCGAAAAAUCCGCCUUCUCAAAGCAAAACACCGAGAAAUUCCACCGAAAACUCAUCUUUGACUCCGUGAACGAAAUCCUCGGUGCAAAACUAGGCUAUUCUUCCGAACCAUGGUUUCAACCCAACAAACUCACAAAGAAAAACCUUAGCUCUCAAAAGCUUCUCAAAGAACUAUGCUUCGAGAUAGAAAAAGUCCAAGCCAAGAAAACUGAAACCUGCCUAGAAGACGACGAAGAGGACGACGGUCUAAAGAGUUUGUUGUGUGAAGAUGUGAUUCAUGGAUCAGAAUGUUGGGAAAAUUUCAAUGGUGAAAUACCUGGAGUUGUGUUGGAUGUUGAGAGAUUGAUAUUCAAGGAUUUGGUGAAUGAUAUUGUGAUUGGUGAAGCUGCUGGUUUGCGAGUCAAGUCGUCGGUUCGACGCAGGAGACUGUUUGGAAAGUAGUUUGGUUCAUUUCUUUCCUUAAUUUCUCACUGAUAUUAGAUCUUUAUAAACUUGUCAUUUGCAUAUAAUUUAUCUUCAGUGUCAAGGCAUUAUAGAGCUAUGAUUAUUUUUCUUGUCUAAGAUGUAAAGAAAUUUGACUUGCCAUGGAUUUAUGGAAUGGAAUACAUACUGCAUUAUAACUAAAA